AUGGACUUGGAGGACCUAGAACGAACACGCUCCGAGCAGCCAGAGCCACCACCUGCUUCACGACGGAGACAGACCAUUCUGAUCCUGAUCGGCUGCUCGAUACUGCAGCUUCCUACUUGGGGCUUACCGAUGAGCUUUGGUAUCUUCCAAGAUGCUUACAACGACCAGACCACACUCAGUGGAUCGAAAAGUGCAACGGGCGUGAUAGGCACGACUCUGAACGGUGUCAUGUACCUGUCGAUGCCGUUGCUGUCCACAUUGCUCGAUAGCGGUCGCUGGGCGAGGUGGAGACGACCUGUCGCCAUUGCAGGUGUGGUCAUCUCGAGCCUGUCAUUCUUGGUGUCGUCAUGGAGCACAGCGGUAUGGCACCUGAUCGUAUCACAAGGAAUCUGCGCCGCCUUUGGAGGCGCCAUGCUGUUCAGCCCAACCACGCUAUUCGUGGACGAAUGGUUUCGAGACGGCAACCGAGCGACGGCAUACAGCGUCACGCUCUCCAGCAAGAACAUAGUGGGCACAGCAUGCCCGUUCCUGAUGUACUUCCUGCUAGACCGACUAGGCUUCCGCACCGCGCUCAGGAUCUGGGCCGGCAUCGUAUUCGUCACCGGCAUCGCAGGCAUCCUCAUCAUUCCAAAGAAGUCAACCACCCGGCCUAAGAAGAUUCCAUGGAGCUUCCUCAAGCACAAGACCUUCGCCGUCUACGCCAUCGGCAACAUAGUCUUCAGCAGCGGCUACGGCUUACCGCAAACUUACCUCUCGCAGUAUGCGAGUAACGUCUUGCAUCUCUCCGGCAUCCUCAGCGCGCUCAUGAUCGUGAUGUUCAAUGCGCCCGGAAUCAUCUCGUGCACGCUGAUGGGUCUGAUCUGCGACAAGACGUCCUUAUCAGCAUCCACCAACACACAAAUCUCGACAGUGGGCUCGGGUGUAUGCGUCUUCCUCCUCUGGGGCCUGAAGUCCCACGAGAUUCCAGCUCUGCUCAUCCUCUUCUCCAUUGGCUACGGUUUCUUCUCCGGUCCCUACUCCUCCACGUGGGGCGGCUGGAUCAAAGAAAUGGAGCGCGAAGCCGUCAAACACAAUGAGGCUAUCAAUACCGGCAUGGUUUACGGUUUACUCAACGGUGCGCGCGGGAUAGGCUAUGUCGUCGGCGGUCUUUCCGGAGUCGAGCUGUUGAAGGUCGGGGCGGUGGAGAGUUCGAGGCAGUGGGCGUAUGGCACGAGGACGUCAUUGGAAGAGUGCGAGCAGGGUGUGGCGAGGGACACGCUGAAGAAGGAUAUGGUUGGGCAUGCGAAUUUCCUGGAUGUGCUCGCCGACAACCUUGGCCUGGAGGACGAAGAAGAUGCCAUCCCGUCUCCAGACAUGACUUGGACGAAGUCCAGAUCCAAGGAUGAAGCUGAAGAGCUUGACGUGUCCGACGACGACAGCAGCGACUUGAGCGACACAGACUCCGACGACGAAGCCUGGUCCGACGAAUCCGACGACGAAGCCCACGAGCUCAUCCGCACCGUCUCCGGCCGCAUCACCAACGUCACCAGUGCGCGCGACGAAGUGAAGCAGUCUCUUGCCGAGGCAGGAGAAGAAGGCGAUUACUUCUCCCGCCACGGCGAGGUGAAGAUCGCGAUGAACGACCUGUCGACGUUGAUGGGGGCUGCUCAAACCGCGGUCGAGGAGAAGAAGAACGCUGAUGUGAAUGUGACGGUCAUUAGCUCGCCGACCACGCCGGAGAGCGAGGGUGGUGGGAGUCAGGCGAGUAGCUCGAGGCCUGCGUCGCCGAUGGAUUUGGCCACGGCGAGGAGGGGGUCAAUUAGGUGGGCGGCUGGUGUGUGA